AUAAUGUAAAAUAUUUCGGUCAAGUCUUAAGCAUGCCAUAAAUAUCUUUUAUUCAUGCCUGACCAAAAUUGUUUGUAAUCAUUUUAAAGUGCGUCGUAAAUAUUGCAUCAUACAAUGCUUGAAGAAGGACUUACCUUAUAGAAUACUCGGACGUUCACAAAGAUGAAACUUGCGCUUCUGUUUAUGUUGGGCGUCUUCUGCGGGGCUUCAGCAGACGAUCAUAAAAAUGGCGGAAAAUCACCCGACAUCGUUUAUCAGUGGAAUAUUGUGGAAUACGAGUGGCCAAACGAUACUUAUAAACAACAACAAAUUAAUAACACGAACUAUAUACCCAAAAAUAGUGCUAUAAAUGGAAUUAAACUUUACAACGGGACGGUCUAUGUUACCGUUCCACGACUGAAACCUGGAGUCCCAUCGACGCUUAAUGUAAUUAUUGACGCACCCGAAGGAAGCAAUGGUUCAAGUCAUCUGCUGCGGCCGUUUCCAAACUGGGAUAUGCAGGAACUGGGGAAUUGUGCGGCCCUGCAGCGUGUGCAGAGCAUGGAGAUAGACCCGAACACUGGCUAUAUGUGGAUCGUCGAUACAGGUUACAUAGCAAAGAUGCAGGAUGUAGGAGUGCAGCCAGUUGACUCUUGUCCCGCCAAGAUUAUCAUAUUCGACUUGAACAAGCAUGAAGAAGUUCACCGGUACAUCUUCCCUAGACUGACUGUAGGCUACGGUCUCUUCUAUCUUAACGACAUAGUUCUGGGCUACAGUGAGAAUGUUGCUAGAUACGCCUUCAUGUCGGACACUCUCGACUACAAGCUUGUCGUUUAUGACUAUAAAGAGGACAUUUCUUACGCUUACUCUCAUUCGAAUAUGAGAGCAGACGAAAAAUAUAUAAACAUUACUAUAUCCAACAUGACGUUGACCGGAAUAAUCACCGGGAUCAAUGGAAUUGCAAUGUCGCCAGACUUUAAGUACGUCUAUUACAGUUCCGUCGCAGGCGUUGGAUUGCACCAGAUAGAAACAUCCGUACUAACAUCUGCUAGAGGAAAUUCCGCGGCGUUUGCUGCGGCAGUUCGCACAAUCGGAGAAAAAGUCAGCCCUGGUGACGGCAUGACCUAUGGCUCCAAUGAUAAACUCUAUUAUUCAGCGCUUGGGCCAAAUGCCAUCUACGAAUGGGACAUUUCAAAAGACUUAGGUUCGUCCUUGGACUUCAAUACAGUUCCGUUGAUCAGCCAAUCAGAACUCGUGUCUGAUCCACGUAUGCAAUGGGUUGAUACGCUUGCACUGGACGAUAACGGGUUUCUGUGGUACACUACAAGUAGACUCAACAAGUUCUUCAGUUCUGACGGAAUCGUCCACCAUGAACCAAAUUUCUUCAUUUGGAAGAUAUAUGUUGGUGAUGAACAUUAUUUGUCGGUCAAACAAGACAUCCCUAUUCUUGCUGGUCAAUCAAACGUAGCCUCCAUUUUUAUAACCACAUUUUGCGUAGUUUCAGCGUUUGUUUUAUUGCUUUAAAAAGUUGACCUUUACUUGACACUGUUAACGUCUUUACUGCCUUUUGAAAUUAAUCAGACACUAACUUUGUCAUUGAAGUCAAAUUUUCCGCUUCAGAAAGGUAUUACAAACCGUGUUAGGUUUCAGAGUAAGGUGUAAAUUUAACACUAGUAGAUAAGUAAAUACAUUUGUCUUCUUUUCAUCUAUUUGAUUACAUAAAAUAAGUUGUUUGAACCUAUUAAAGUAUAUCCAUGAAAUUAACUUCGUUACAGUAGGCUGGACACCACUAAAACAUAUCUUCUGUACAAAACAUACUGCUAUUGGCGACCUUUUUUCAAAUAUUGAUGGUAUUUUACAACCAAACACAAAUGUACCCAGAAACUUUCUUUAUAUUUUGGACAUAUUUUAGAAAAAAAUAUACGUACCAAAUAAUAUUUGCUAGAGAAAAACUGUUUGAAAUAAAUGGCAUAAAAUGUGGACUAUAUUUUUAUGCUAAGUGCGGAAUAUUUGUGUAGUGGUUUUCAACCAUGACAGUAACGUAAUCUAGUUUACAUUCUUGUAAUAUAACAUAUAUUACUCAUCAUUCAUUUACGUUGAAGCUAUCAACUUUUCCUUACCAGCCGUACAUGUGUAAGUCUGAAUGAAACGAGCUAUAGGCAACAAACUAAGGGACACAAUAUCGUUAUUCGUCACGAAAUGUGAAAAAAUGGAAAUUGUCAAAUUGAUUUUGAAAAAGUUACUUGUCAAGGUGUUUCUCUCUAGUUGAGACAUUCGAUCUUUAAUAUUUUAUAUGAAAUAAUGUUAAUGUUCCAUAUGUGAAUUAUAAACCAUCAUCAAACUUAUGUCAUCUUAAUUUUGUAACAUCACUUAUAUCAUGAAAUUAAAUAAAAUGCAUAUCAUUAAUAUAA